AUGGGCUAUGCAUUGUACAAAAUAUUCAAGAAAACUAAAGCCAAGAGAAGGAAACAGAGGUUUUUUAAACGUAAUGGUGGUAUUCUUCUUAGACAACAACAAACAACCGAUAUUAGUUUAGUUGAUAAAACCAUUCUUUUCACCUCCGACAAAUUAGAUAAGGCCACUGACAAUUUUAAUGAGAAUAGAAUUCUUGGUCGAGGAGGUCAAGGUAUAGUAUAUAAAGGCAUGCUAGCUGAUGGACGAAUCGUUACAAUCAAAAAAUCAAAGGUGGUUGAUGAAAGCCAACUAGAACAGUUCAUCAAUGAGGUGGUCAUUCUUUCUCAAGUAAGUCAUAGAAAUGUCGUCAAACUACUGGGAUGUUGCCUAGAGACCGAGGUGCCAUUACUAGUCUCGGAGUUCAUAUCAAAUGGUACAUUAUAUGACCUUAUUCAUGAUGAAACCGGUGAGUUUUUGUUCUCUUUGAACAUGAGAUUACAAAUCGCUACAGAGGUUGCAGGGGCACUUUCGUACUUACAUUCAGCAACCUCUAUUCCAAUAUACCAUAGGGACAUCAAAACUACUAACAUACUUUUGGAUGAAAAGUAUAGAGCCAAAGUUUCGGAUUUUGGAACUUCGAGGUUAGUGUCAAUAGAUCAAACACACUUGACUACCUUAGUCAAAGGGACAUUUGGUUACUUGGAUCCAGAGUAUUUCCAGUCGAGCCAGUUCACCGAAAAAAGUGAUGUAUAUAGUUUUGGAGUUGUUUUGUUAGAACUUUUGACAAGGGAAAAACCAAUUUCUUUAACUAGAUUUGGUGAAAACAGAAGUUUAGCUUUACACUUCAUGUUAGCCAUGGAAGAAGGCGGGGCGAUGUCUAUUUUUGAUGCAAGUGUUGUUAAAGAGGGUUCUAGGUCUGAGUUGUUGGCCGUAGCUAACUUGGCAAUGCAAUGCUUGAAUUUUAAUGGGAGAAAUAGGCCAACAAUGAAAGAAGUUGCUUCUGAGUUAGAAGGAAUCAGAUUAUCACAUGUUCCCUCUACAGAUGAACCUAAUUUUGGACAUGUGAAGCAUUAUGAGGAAGUGACACUUGUAUAUGGUGAGUCAACAUCAACAUCAAUAACAUUUUAUCACAAUCCUAGUCAAUGA